AUGGAGCCGGACUGUCAUCAGACUGAACGAGGGACCUACUUGUGUCAGAGUGGGCAUGUCUACAUACACAACGUGUACCCGCCAAUCCAAGUAAUCACUUCGAAAGCUUUGUUUCUUUGGUUUGUUGGCAAUGAUGCCACUUUUAAUGCGCUCAGCCCUAUUUUUCUAAUGUCCAAACCCGAAAAGAAACAAAAUUCAGUUAAAAUUCGAAAAAUUUCGAAAAAAUCCACUCGCCCCCCAUUAACAGUAAUCCUGUAAUCGAAUUCACGGCCAAUCUUGUUGCAGGAACUUCAGCCGCGAGUGCUGUUCGUGGUCAUAAUCUUUGUCCUCUGCUUCAUCGUCGGGAUAUGUGGCAACUCGUCGAUAUUAACCAUCAUCCGGGGCAUCGUAUCCGAGAGGAAAGGUAGUCGAGCCAACUGUAGGCGACAGUCAGACAAUGCCAUCCUUUACAUUGGGGCGUUGUGUGUGGUCGACUUUCUCAUGUCAUUGUCGCUUCCACCGGCCAUUCUGGUAAGUCAUCUUUUUUAUUGCGUUUGUUAACAUCUACAUCAAUAUCUGUAGCUAAAAAAACUAAAAUUAAGUGGAAAACUGACCUAAAACGUACAUAUAUUAACAUUUUUUUAAAAGUUGUAUACCUUUUACGAUAUAAAACUGCUUUACAAUGGUAAAACAAGCCUUUUUCAGGACAGCAUCAUCGGAUUCUGGAUGUUUGGCACAGUGAUAUGCAAACUACAUCACGUUUGUGGCAGUGUGGGUCGUAUCGUAUCAACGUUCCUGAUCACGGCGAUGUCGUUCGACCGGUUCGUGGCCGUCUGCCAUCCCUACAAACACUACUACAGGUCGCGGAAGUUUGUGAUAUCAACCAUAAUAAGUAAGUUCUAUUUAGAGCGUUGUUUAUAAACAACUGUGUCCACGUCAUCUUUCUUCACUAAUUCUCGUAAUCUCGGUAUUCUGGCUAAGUAAACGUCCUAAUCCAUAUCACUGUAGUUGAGAGUAAACAAUUCUUAAUACAUUAACUAUUAGCUCGGAGGGGAACAGAGACAUCUUCACCUUUAGUUGUCUUACAUUCAAUAGUAACCAUCUCAAGAAUCUUUUGCAUCACCUUAAACCAAUACCUAACCUCAAACAUACCUAACACAAUAUAAUUCAGCUCUGUGGGUGGUCGCGUUCAUCUUGUUGUUGCCAAUGUUAACAUACGCGUCGUCGACAGAAGUCCUCCUACAUCAACAUCGUGACGUAGACAAAAUUACUGGUAUCGAAAACGUAACACGAGUACGGGUAUACAAGUGCACAGAUAUGAUGCCGCCAUACGUAUUUUACUGGUUCACCUCGUCCACGUUCAUUCUGGGCUAUCUGGUGCCACUCAUCCUCAUCAUCUUCUUCAACUCCAAGCUUAUCAGCAAACUCUACCGACAUACCAAGACCUUACCACGGUCGGGGAUUCCGCUACGUCGUAUCUCCAUCUACACCAUCCUCAUCGCCGUCCUCUACUUCGUAUGUUGGACGCCGUACUGGUGCUCGGUACUAUACGCCAUCUACAUGAGUGUUCUGGCUGAUGGACGUUCCGAUCCAUCACCUCUGCUCGUGUUCAUCAUCUACUGUGUUCAUCUGCUACCGUACUUCGGGUCGGCUUCCAACUGGAUUCUGUACGGGCUUCUAAACACUCAGCUACAGAUGAAACACGAUGUAAUCAGCUCGACCAGUAAUCAGGGAAAUGUCACCAUGGCCGUGCUGAAUACAGUCGUGGUGGAAGACAGAACGCCGAGUACAGUACAUCAGAAUGAGCACGAUAUCAAUGAUAACGAGUUCUCAGAUAUAAAGUAAGCUUUACCAUCUUUUGACAAACAAAAUCAACAUUUCCAAUUGCUGUUUUAAAAAAAUCUCGUUUACUACAAAACACUAUACCCACAAGGUACGACAUAACACUGCCACUUUCCAGAGAAAUCAAACAAAACGGAAUAAACCGCCGUCCGAGCACGGACCAAUGUGCUUCGUUAAUGGACGACGAACUGUGA